AUGACCUCGAAACUAUCGGCCAUGUUUUUCCCUGGAGGUGACUCAAAGAAAGAAAAGGGCUCGAAUGAAGACCAGGGUGAUCUACCAGAGAACACAGAAAACACGCAAUCUUCACAACCCAACGUGCGGUUUGCUUCGCAAAACGAGGAAAUAGAUCCGGUCGAUGACACAAGGCGGAAGAUACCUCAGGCUGACGAGGCGGAAGAUCAAGAGCUCACCCCGGAAGCCCACGAGCAGAUCAGAAAUCUUGCAAUGUCACUCCAGAAGUCGAGGUUACAAGAAAACCGAAUGUCAAACUUUGCCUACGAAGCGGUGUCAAUGCCGCCCUCUCGAGUCCCUUCCAGAGAUAGUGAUUCGCCUCAAACUCCGCGUGGAUCAGUAGGCCACGGCCAUGGUUCGGUAUCCUCAACAUUUCAGUCUCCUCCAUUGACACCUCACGGUUCCAAAGACGGCCGAAAUGAUACAGGCCCGGCGCCCCGAGGCCAGCAAGCGUCAAAUGCCAUCACCCCUCAAACCUCUCCUCCUCCAGAUGCACACGGCCGAGCUUUAUCUCACUCAAUAUCUCCGACACAAGUGCCCGGAUCGAAGCCCCCUCCCUCCGAGCAACAACAAAUUGGAAAGCCCGAAGCAGGACACCACAAAGUGAUACCCAGGUUCGAGAUUGGGCCGUCGGAGUCAGCAAGUCCUACGGAUGAGAGUCCUGCUGGAACCCCGAAACUUCGCCCGUCGGAACCGUCACAGGAAGUGAGACCGCCGACCCCCAAGGUCGAACAGCCUCAACCAAGAGCUGGACCACCCGAGCACAGGCACUUUGGAAGUACAGGAAAGAAUUCAUUGGCACCCGCCAUCGCCGCCGCAGCCGAGAGGAUUCCCCGAGCGGGUAGUAGUAGCGAUCUUUUGGGUUCAGAGAAGCGGUCGAUCUUUGGAAGCAAGAAAGACCCCUACGGUUACCUUAGUGACGCUGGUAGUGAGAAGAGUGGAUUGGGCGAGAGGAAACAUGGUUCAAUGUCCGAACUGAAGCGUUUCUUUAGGCUGGGCGGCCAUGGUCACAAACACAAGCAUCAUCAUGGUACCAGCACUCCCAGAGACGAAUCUCCAGCUUCCUCAGUUCCACCUUCCCGAAAGUCGACGAAAUCUGGCACCAGGACGCCACCUCAUCAGGCACCUCCUGCGAAUGUUCCCUUUAUGGAUGAGCAUAGCCUCGAGGCCAAGUACGGUAAAUUCGGCAAAGUGCUGGGAUCGGGUGCGGGAGGCUCUGUCCGGCUGCUGAAACGCAGUAGUGACGGCGUUACCUUUGCAGUCAAGCAGUUCCGAGAAAGGCAUUCGUGGGAAAGCGAGAAGGAUUACAACAAGAAGGUCACGGCCGAAUUCUGUAUCGGUUCGACAUUGCACCAUGGCAACAUCAUUGAAACCAUGGACAUCAUCCACGAAAAUAACCGAUGGUACGAAGUGAUGGAGUAUGCCCCGUAUGACUUGUUCGCCAUUGUCAUGACCGGGAAAAUGACACGAGAAGAGAUUGCAUGUGCCUUUUUGCAGAUCGUCAACGGUGUGAGCUACCUACACAGUAUGGGUCUGGCACAUCGUGAUCUCAAGCUGGAUAACGUGGUGGUGAGCGAACACGGGAUCAUGAAAUUGAUCGACUUUGGCAGUGCAACAGUGUUCAGGUAUCCGUUUGAGAACGAGAUCGUCCUCGCUUCCGGUAUCGUCGGAUCCGAUCCUUACCUUGCCCCCGAGGUCUACGAGGAGAAAAAGUACGAUCCCACCGCCACGGACAUCUGGUCCCUUGCCAUCAUCUUCUGCUGCAUGUCGUUACGCAGGUUCCCGUGGAAGCAGCCACGGCUUGUCGACAAUUCGUAUCGACUUUUUGUUGCAACACCCACACCAGGCACGCCUGUCCCUGACUCCCGUCCUCGGAAAUCUGCCCGCCUGAUUACCCCUUCGGAGGACAGUCGUCGAAAUUCAUCAGAGACCCAGGAUGGCUCUUCCUCGCAUCACCAUCAGCAUCAUUCGGACAACACAGGGAGUGAGUCACGACCCUCGACUUCCGGCGGAGACAAGCAAGAAGUGAUCAAAGGUCCAUGGCGACUACUUCGCAUUCUCCCGCGUGAAAGUCGACAUAUCAUCGGCCGAAUGCUCAAGGUCGAUCCUGCCGAACGGGCCACCAUGGAUGAGGUUCUUGAGGAUGACUGGGUGCUGAGCUCCCAAGUUUGUUACCAGGAGGAAAAUGGCGUGGUUCACCGCGCGCAAAAUCACACGCAUAUUCUAGAGGCCGGGUCGGGGGGCCCUCCCCCAGCGAAGGUGUAA